CGAAUCAAAUUAUUUUUAAUUCCAAAUGAUAUCAGUUUAGUUUGAAAAUGAAUUUCUUUUCUCCAAUAAAUCAACUGAUUGCAAUAAUUGUUAUCUGUUUGAUUAACUUUCCAUUGAUUGUUUUUUCACUUUCAUGGUCUAAUUGUGAAUCAGAUAAUCCAAUUCUUACCUUCAACUCGUUAACAAUUGAAGGUGAUCCCAUUGUAAUCGGUGAUCCUGUUAAACCAUUGAAAGUAUCUUUAGAUGUAAAUCUAACAAAACCAAUCGAUGAUCAGUUAAUUGUUAAAAUCUCAAUUAGCAAAGUAUUUACGAUAUUCGGUAAGCGAUUAACUUUACCCAGUUUCCCCUGUAUCAAAGGCUAUGGUUCCUGUGAACGUAAUCUAUGUGAUUUUUUGACCAGCGAUGAAAAUAGUUUCGGGUGUCCGUUAAUUAGAUCACUCGAUCGACCCUGUUUGUGUCCCAUUGAUCCUGGCCAGUUAAUUGUCAACGAUUUCAAUGGUCACAUUGACUUGUCCAAUGUUCCCAAGAUGCUCCUUUGGUUGUCAUCUGGUGAUUAUAAUGUUAAUAUUGUGAUUAAUAGGGAUGACCAGUCAGUGACCUGCCUUGAUUUGGAUUUGGAUCUUGAGAUGACCAAUAUUUCCCAUGAGGAAGAUUAAUUGUUACAAUUUAAUUAACUGUUGAAACUGAUUAAUUGUCGCAUGGAAACAAAAAGAAAAGGAUAAAUCAAAUCAAAUGAUGGAAAACAUAAUUAUCACAAUUGAAAUGAUUAAAUCAAAUGAAGGAAAAUGAAUGAAAAUAUAUAAACACAAUUGUAUCGUUGAUUGUUACAAUCAGUUAGUGAUUAAAUAAUUAUACAAAAACUCA